CUAAACCUGGUCGCCGCUCUGCAGGGCGCAUCCAUACUCCAUCGUCGUAGCUCCAUAGCGUGCCUUGUUCUUCCGCUCACCAGAUCGCCCGCUCCUCACCUUUCUCCUUCCCAGUAUGGUUGCAUGCACUGACCGUCCUGUCCAAGAACCCGCCGUCACGUUGUACCGGUGACCUUGCCUUUGCCGCUGCCGCUGAAGAAGGCACAGGUCAACGGCCCAGCAGGAGGGACAUCCCGUUGAGACAUCAACUGGCUGCUCGACUCGACUCCGACUCGACUCGACGCAACCUUGACCUUGAACCUCGACCUUGCCUUGGCUGGCCUCCCCCAGCCCUGCCCCAUCAUUGUAUCCACCCCAGAACAGUGCCGAAGAUUUUCAUCAGACACCCCCUCCAACAUCUACCGUCCUCUUGCGACCCAUCCACCCCAUCAGAUACAAGUAUACAUCUCUCCCUGCAACCUUAAACAUGACCGUCGUCCGUUGAUCCUCAACUUCAUCUUUGCAUCUUCUGCAUCUCUCGAGUCUUCGCCAUCACUCCUCGAGAUCAAAUAACACACUCGCUCAUCCCUCCCUCCCCUUCGCUUUACCAAUCCCAACCUCUUUUGGUCAAGACGACUUACAUCAACAACAUACACGCCCUUGUUGACUACCAAGCAAGGACUUCGACAUAUCCUUGUGUAAAGUACACACGGAGACCAGAGACAAAGCAAGAAGAAGAAGAAGAGUGACAGAAGCGCGCUUGGGUCUGGAACAGGACUACAGCGCAUCAGAGAGGCAUGCUCUAAUGUCAACCACGGUCACUUACCCCGUCAUGGCAGAGCUGAAAGAGCCGGCACAUUCCAAUCUUUGGUCGAACUAUGGGAGUCCCGUCCAAAUGUCGUCUCGAUUCAACAACAGCCUGGAUUCCGGCCUCGGAGGCCACGCCGCCAACUCACCACACGCGGGACGCCCUAGAAGCACCCACCCGAGUGUAGACCACGGAUCUUAUCCCUAUGGUCGCUACCCUCAAGACGAGUCCGAUGCGUACGACAGACAUUCGCAUCCCAGCUUGACAUCCCACCACAGCUUCCCCAACCUCAAGAGACCCUACUCGCAAACCGAACAGCCCCCUUACCAGGAGAUUGUCCAGGACCUGAGAGACGAUGGCUCCAAACUUACCGUCAACCACGACCACAAGCUGCUGUCCUUCAAGAGGGUACAAGACAAGCACACUAUUGUCGACCAGCAUGGACGCAUGCAGCAGCUGGAGCUCUCGGCUCAGCUGCACGGAAUGUUCUUCCUUUCCGAAAUGCCAGCCAACAGCACAGACGGUUCCAUCCUCCAGCCCGAACUGACCUGUUACCGACGAAACCUCUUCCAGAUUAGCGGCUCUCUCAUCACCCCACGAGGCCAGCUCUCUGUUAUAUCCGAGACUGGCGAGACGGUCCCCGUCAGCAACACUGAAGUGACCAUCUCUGCCAUCGAGUCUGUCGAUGGCCACCCCGUCCGACUUAUCGUCAUCCCCUGGAAGACGCCCCCACCCAACUCUCCCGAGAUCACCCAAACCCCGGACCAGGAGCCAGCGUCGCUUCCCCUUAUCCCCUUCCAAGAAGACGGUUCGGAAUCCGAUGGCGAGUAUGCCGUUUAUCCCAUUGGCUGGCGCCGACUGCAGUUCAGAAUUGCCACUGCAAACAACGGGCGGCGAAAGGAACUCCAGCAACACUUUGUGCUCCACCUCAAGGUUGUUGGGACGUUGGCCAACGGAAGCAAGAUUGUGCUUACUGAGGCAACUACCGCGCCUAUUGUUGUCCGGGGCCGCAGCCCUCGCAACUUCCAGGCAAGAAAGGAGAUUCCCUUGCUAGGAUCGAGCGCUGGCUCCAGGGGCCAGGCCUUGGUUGAGACUGGACUGGGUAUUGUGGCGGGACCGUUGGCUAUCAAGCCGCAGGAUGCCAAGGCAAGAGGGUUGGACAUGCAGAUGCCUCGUUCCGCCUUCACCUUCAACGCAGGAGGGCCCAAGAUGCCCGGAGCACCCAUGGGAGCCAUGAGAUCCAACUCAUACCCCAACUGGUCCUCCUCCAACUCUGUGCCCGGGAUGCCACAACUACCACCAGCUGGUUCGGCAAGCUACCCCGCUACGACAAUGGGAGAAUCUUACCACAAGGUUGCUCUGCCGGGAAGUGCAAGCUUCGGUGGAGAGGCCCAUGACAUGCCUUUGCAAACGUCGAUGCCUUCCGUUCAGCUUUCCCUGGUCGCCAACGAACAGCAACAGCCUCCGAUCAGGACACAAUACGCUUAUGUGCAAAGCACAACUGCUCCGCCACCACUAUCGGUAUCGGCAACGGCAAUGGCAUCGAGCUCAGACAACGCGCUCAACGUGCCUAGAUACGUCGAUAACCCCCGACCUACCAAGAGCCCUAGGCACGCAAGCCAGCCUUCCAUCGGGUCAAUGUCUCAUCACGAGGCAUCCCCGGAGUACCGGUACGGCUCGUCGUACGGAGCAGUGGGCAGCAACCCCAGCGAUAUUGCACCGCCAUCCUACAAGGCUGAAGCCCCUGCGUCACACUCCAACCCCUCUCGAGACUACUAUCCGCCAUCGAGUUCAUGGACCACAACAGCUGGAGAGCCUACCUCGACUGUUGCGUACAGCAGCAGUGAGGCGAGGCCGUAUGGCUUCCCUGAGCAAUACUCGAGCGGAGGCUCUGCGCCAACCACCAAGCAGGAGCAUGCUCCCGCUCCUCCAGCCCCUGGGUCAUACAGCAGCGCCCACCGGGGAUCAUUUGAUGGCAUGAACCAUUAUUCCUGGAACACUAAUUAGCUGCGAGAAUUACUGAUUGGCGGCUGGGUCACGCCACUUGUCUCCAAACAUGAGGGGCAAUAAUAGGUCGGGCCGAACGAUGCUUGAGUUGAGUGAAGCAAGAUUUGAGGGCCGAACUUGUUUCCGGGCCUGGCACAACAGCCCUGACUGUGUACCACUAAAACUUCAAUUCGUGGCCAGAAGAGUGAUUGCGGUUCGGAUUCGACUUUUUAUCUUCAAGUACCUAGGCGCGAUAUUUCGAUUCUGGAUCGCUGUCGAGGCGGGGGAUUUACACCGAUUGCAAUACGGCAUAUCCCACGGUUAAGGAGGUUUCCCUCUGGCGGUUGCCAUUCAUGGCUCUGCUCGGCAUGGGCGUGAUUUUUUUACAAGGUCUCAUGACAGACCGGACCCGAGCAUAAUUUGGGUAGGCGCAGCAACGACAUGGUCGAGAUCGGCGUCAAGAGACGGGCAUUGUCUGGGUGGCUGGGCAUUUCGAUACCACACGGAAGAUAGCAUUGACGUCGAAUGCUCCGGCCGGACGCUUCUAUCACCGGCUCCGGGCCGUGCUGCGACAUUGCGUGGGCGGGUUACUUAACGAUAUGUAUGGUAUUUCUUGGUUUUUUGUUGAGCGCCGGGUACCGGACGGGGAAAGCAAUGAAAGGCAUUGUGGUCUUUACUCGGCAUCCUUGGUCCCGAAUGCGCCAACGUUGGCAAAUUGUGUUGCCUGUGAGAAGGAAAGGGUAUUGCGGAAAGAAAAAAGGACAAAGCCACAAAGGGCUCAGCCUCGAGGAUGGGACGACGUCCAAAGUGAGAUGGUCCUGGGCUUGGUAGCCUUGCCCCAACUAUGUGGUUGGGUCCCGCCACCCACACCUCGGAGAGAGUUCGUCUGAUUUACCCGGGACGGAACCAAACGGUUGGGUCCUGGCAUGGGAAGGCACCGGCGGUGUGGAAACGGAUGGCGGUUGAGUGCUGGUUGGCUGGACGUCCGCCCAACGUGGUGGCGUUCCUUCUGUGCGUGGUUUCUCGGACUCUUGACGAAAUUUUUUUUGUGAUUUUGAUUUGCUAGAGAAUGAGGAAAGAGAUGGUUUCGUGGAGGAAGGGAGAGAGAGAGAGAGAGAGAGAGAAGGAAUAGUAAGAGAGAGUGCAAGAGGCGAGAAAAUAGGCCAGAAAAUGCGCAAGCAAGCAAAUAGGCAAUGAAUAAGCAUCCAUUCCAGCCCCGAAACCCCACGUUGAC